AUGGGUCAAUAUCACCCAUCUUCAUUUUCCUUCACAAGACGAUUAAAAAGACGAUCCUCUAUUGUAGCCCCUCAACCUUUACCAAGACCAAAACACGAACUUGAUUUAAGUGCAGAAUUUCGUCGAAUUGAUAAAAAAACUUAUAACAGCAUAGUUAACAGUUCAAGAUUUGACUUACCAGAAGAUAAUGAACGUAUCGAUAGAAUCAAAUUGAGACAUCGUUUGUUUAGAUAUGUAUGGCAAAAGAAUUUUUCAUCCCCAAUUAGAGAUGAUUUAAUACAAGGAAUUAAUGUCCUUGAUGUUGG